ACCGCCGCCCCCGCCGUCCCGCCGCCCCCCCGCCCCUCAGCGUCCCCCAGUACAGCACAGCGUGACAGCGCUACGCUCCCCCACCCUACCGUCUGGGUCCUCAUCCAAACCCAGCGACGAGUAUAUCUUGAACGUCUUCCGCCUUCAGCCCACAUCGCCCCUCAUGCCUAUCGCAACCCUCCUCGUACAGUCCGGCUGUAUGUUUGCUGCCAGCUUCAUCGUCGGCAGCCUCCCAUUAUGGUUCAAGUCUGCAACAUCUGGCCAACGCUUGCAGAUCGUUUCGGUGCUUGGAAUGGGCCUUCUCGUCGGAGCCGCACUCACCAUCAUUAUACCAGAAGGAGUAUCGACUCUCUAUGCAGCUCUACCGCAAGAUGGUCACGAUGGCAAUGAAUCUGCUAUUCACGCCACUGGAGUCAGUCUUCUGGCCGGGUUCUCUUUGAUGCUCUUAAUCGAGAGUCUCAUACCACAUCCACCCAGCCCACCUCCCCAAGCCACAGACUUUACCUAUGAAUCACCCCCGAGCUCCCCUGCUUCCUCGGAGCCCACACCACGUCCUUCAGCGCAGCACCUCAAUUCGUCAACCCCGAUGAUCUCCAAGCCAAAGCGCAUGUCGGUGGACGACUCGGCGAGCGAAGGUGCUGCUACAGUCAGCGCGGUACACGGACUGAACGCUACAUUGGGACUGGUCAUACAUGGCGCCGCAGAUGGCAUUGCCUUGGGUGCGAGCAGUCUGGCGUCUAGUAACAGCAGUCUCGGGCUUGUCGUGUUUCUCGCAGUCCUCAUCCACAAAGGACCAACUGCUCUGGGACUCACGACUACUCUCUUGUCUCUCUCCCUGCCCCUGUCGUCGAUCAGGCGACGGCUCAUGAUCUUUUCGUGCGCUGCUCCUGCUGGCGCCAUCGCUACAUUCUUGCUUGUCAGCGCGUUCGGUUCUCGCAGCCUGGGCGGUAGUAGAAAUGGAGGCGAUCCUCUGGGCUGGUGGACUGGUAUCGCCCUGCUCUUUUCUGUAGAUACGCUAUACGAUACCCAACCGUUCAACGCUGAUGACCCAAUAGGGCGGAUCUUUUCUCUAUGUCGCUACCGUCAUACAACCCAUAUCCUCGGCUACCGACUCCCAUGCCCACAGCCACAGCCAUCACCAUCCCGAAAGCGGGCAUGGCCCAGAACCGUCAGUCGAAGACCGUACACUGGGCAAGUACCAACGGACAGCACUGUUGAUGGGCGGGAUGAUCCUGCCAGUGUUUUUGAGUUUGUUUGUAGAGCACUCGCAUUCAUAGGCAGGUGACGACGUGUGACAAGGGCGGAGCGUGAAAGAAUGAUCUCGAGAGACAUCGAAUGUACGAAUGAGCCAUCAUCAUAGAGCUUCAUGCACAAUCAUAGUGCAGGUUUGGCGAUACAAUACAUG